UGCACACUAAAUCGUUCAGGAAAUCAAGGAUACAAGCUGAUUAUUUAAAGUUUGGUUAACAAAUAUACUGAAAAUAUUAGUCCCUACUGUAUAUCAGACAACAUUUUCUUGAGCUAUUUAAAGUCACUAAAGGCGCGUGUCUCAGUGGGCAGAGCUUCUCUGGAGUUGUGUCAGAAGUAACGUUAGCAGGUCAGCGAGACAACUGUCAAGAGGGAAACAGGGAUAGGGGGGGAAAAAAAGAAUCAUUUCGUUGGAAACGCUCAUUGAAUUAGUAGCUGGUCCUACAGUGCAACGUCAUUAGACACCAAGUUGUCAGUUGCCUUGGCUAUUCUGAGUGUUAGUCCUAGCUAAGAGCAGUAGCAGCUAACGUAGCUUAGCUGUUGGAGAUCUGGCCAUCCGGGAAGAACUUUCAACAUGAGGCUGAAAGUAGGAUUUAUUCUACGGAGUUUGCUUGUUAUUGGGACGUUUCUUGGUCUGGUGGUGCUCUGGUCCUCUCUAUCACCGAAACCCAGUGAUGAAAACCCUUUUGGAAAAGUGGAUGAUAGCUUGCUGCCAAAAGGAGACCUACCAGAUCAGUUUAAACCUGUGGUACCCUGGCCUCAUGUAGAGGGCGUGGAGGUUGACCUCAACUCCAUCAGACACAAACAUGGUGGGUCCAACCAUCCCCAGAACCCUGAUCAACAGCCCAACCAGAAUGAGGUGAUCCAGCAACAGUAUGUAACAUUCAAACCCCACAUGCAUGCAUACACCAGCCCUGUUCUGAAGAAAGAUAUCCUGGGAAACUUUGAGCCCAAGGAACCCGAGCCUCCAGGGAUCCCCGGUGGUCCUGGAGAGGGUGCUAAGCCCCUUGUCCUGGGUCCGGAAUACAAAGACUCAAUCCAGGAUUCAAUCAAAGAGUUUGGCUUCAACAUGGUGGCUAGUGAUAUGAUCUCACUGGACAGAACAAUCAGUGAUAUACGCCAUGAAGAGUGUAAGUACUGGCAUUAUGAUGACAGAUUGCUGACUGCCAGUGUGGUGAUAGUCUUCCACAAUGAAGGCUGGUCAACACUAAUGAGAACCAUCCACAGUGUCAUCAAGAGAACUCCCAGAAAAUACCUUGCUGAGAUAGUCAUGAUAGAUGAUUUCAGCAACAAAGUCCAUCUGAAGGAACGUUUGGAGGAGUACAUUAAGCAAUGGAACGGUUUGGUAAAACUCUUCAGAAAUGGCAAGAGGGAAGGAUUGAUCCAGGCCAGGAGCAUUGGAGCCCACAAGGCCACUAAAGGACAGGUGUUAAUCUACCUGGAUGCUCACUGUGAGGUUGGGAUCAACUGGUAUGCUCCACUGGUUGCUCCUAUUUCAAAAGACAGGACAGUAUGUACAGUACCACUGAUAGACUAUAUAGAUGGUAAUGAGUACAAUAUGGAGCCCCAGCAGGGUGGCGAUGAGGAUGGCCUGGCUAGAGGAGCAUGGGAUUGGAGCCUGCUCUGGAAGAGAGUGCCACUUAGCCACAGAGAGAAGGCCAAGAGAAAACAUACCACCCAGCCCUACUGGUCUCCAGCCAUGGCAGGUGGUCUCUUUGCUAUAGAGAGAGACUUCUUCUUUGAACUGGGUCUGUAUGAUCCAGGACUACAGAUAUGGGGAGGAGAGAAUUUUGAAAUAUCAUACAAGAUCUGGCAGUGUGGCGGCCAACUGCUCUUUGUACCAUGUUCUCGUGUUGGCCAUAUCUACAGACUUCAGGGAUGGCAAGGCAACCCUCCACCUGCACAUGUUGGAUCUUCACCCACUCUGAAGAACUAUGUUCGUGUGGUGGAGGUAUGGUGGGAUGAAUUUAAGGACUACUUCUACGCUAGUCGUCCUGAGACUCGCACUCUAGCCUAUGGAGACAUCAGUGAGCUUAAACGCUUCAGAGAGGAACAUCGAUGUAAGAGCUUCAAAUGGUUCAUGGAGGAAAUAGCGUAUGACAUUCCAUUGCACUACCCUCUGCCUGCUAAAAAUGUAGAAUGGGGAGAGAUUCGGGGCUUUGAGACAAGUUACUGUAUUGACAGUAUGGGGCACACCAAUGGAGGCAGCGUGGAAAUAGGACCAUGCCACAGAAUGGGGGGCAACCAGUUGUUCCGCAUCAAUGAAGCCAACCAGUUGAUGCAGUAUGACCAGUGCCUGACCAGAGGAGCUGAUAACUCAGCUGUCAUUAUUACACACUGUGACCGGAACCAGUACACUGAGUGGAGGUUCUUCAAGGAUCUCCAUCGCUUCACACAUGUGCCAACAGGAAAAUGUCUGGACCGCUCUGACUUGCUCCACAAAGUGUUCAUAUCAGACUGUGACACCAGUAAAACCACUCAAAAAUGGGAGAUGAACAACUUAGUGGCUGUAUGAAGACUGGACAACUCGUACAAUUAAGACAGCUGGUGGGGACUAUAUGAGGACAUGCAUACUGAUGAAGAGGCACCAAUAAAUCCUCCCAUAAUAUAAGCUGAUACUGUUCUUUAAAAAAAGUUUUUGUUAUGAAAGUCAAUUCACCUUCCAAAACCACAGAGUCAGAAUGGUCAGAUUUAAAAAUAUCGAAGAGCCACUAUUCACAGCUUCUGCCCAAAACUCAAAGUUUGUUCCCUCUAGUCCUCGGUUAUAUGAACACAAACUCAGGAUGGAAGAACAAGUGGUUGGUGUGAAGGCUGAAGCUGCUGUUUUUCAGAAUGCCAAACACUGAACUGGAAACAUAGUCUGUUAUGGUGUUUGUUUUUACAAUGUGUGCAUCUCUGUUCUGUUCAACCUUCAGGUCUUCUCUAAAACACUGAUUUAUGAAUAGCAGCAACACUAAGUA